GACUUAUCAAGGUCGUCUGGUAUUUGAGCUACCUUGCUCGUUUGUUACGCCUUGCUUCCGUUUUGCAAAAAUUUUGGGUAAUUCGUCCAACGCUCGUAUUUCUUUUGAUUUUUAACCACAAAAAUAUUUGGGACUUCGGUUCUUAACUAACAACCAAUCAUCUGUUACAUUAUGAACUAUUAUGAGCUCAACAUUGAGCCCUUUUACAGAUUUGGUGGAUUCCUCAAGCAUAGGAAAGGUUGUUUACGAUGGCAGUGAGUUGGCUGUUUUGAGCUCGUUGUUUGAUAAAACUUCUAAGUAUGGGCAUGCAAAGUUAAAAAUAUUCAUUCGGAAUCUCAAUUUACCCCCAUCACAUCCCAUACGUAAAAGUCUUUGGUCACAGCUUUUAUCCACCAAAUAUUCCAUUAAUUUACAGAUUUCCGAUUCAGGCAUCCAUAGUAAUGAUAUUGCAACAACCAGUGUUACAAACAUUGAUGGUUCAUCAUUAUUGGCUGGUUACGAGUUUUCCAAUCAAAUGUUAUUGCCAACUUUUUUCUUAAAUACAAUUGGUCAAAAUUGUUUACGGACAAUAUUACAUAAUAUUUUUAUUGACCGCCCAGAACUUGUUUAUGCUCCACAACUAUGGCCGUUGACAGCAUUAUUUCUACACUAUAUGCCUAUUACAGUUGUACGUAAAUGUAUACUCACUUUAUUGGAUCAACCUGGUAUUUUAAUUCAAACAAAAUCUGAUUGGAAAGAACAUUGUUUAUCAUUAGAAGAGUUGGCCUAUUUAUGUAAUCUUUUACGAAGAGAUAGUCAGAAACGUACCAUAUUGAUGACUUCCAAAUCAAAUGAGAAAAAUGUUAGUGCCACCUGUAAAGAAGAUGAAAGACGACUUCAGUUGGCCCGUUGGUGUUUAUUACUGUGGAAGUUACCUUUCGAACAUCUUGUUUGUUUAAUUGAUAGCUUUUUGUUAGAAGGACCGAAAGUGUUCUAUCGUGCUGGUUUAGUUAUUCUUAAAGCCUCCUUAAGUGGAAAGUAUUCAAAGAUUAGCAGUGAAACCAAUGGAAUCGGGAGGAAUGUUGGUGAUUAUUCUCAUGGGUUUGUGUAUGAUGAAGAAAUAUUCAAACAUAUCCCAUUGACACCAUCAAAGCUAAUGAGAAAAAUGUUCUCACUGCGUGGUGUGAGUCGGACGAAAAUUUCUCAGGCAAUCAAAAGUGUUCAGUCUCUCCAAGUGAAUUUUGAUGUUGACAAACAGCUAAUUCAACCAUGUAAUAAAAGCGGAAAGAAUACAUUCGCUGCUUACUUACUUGGUGGUGAUGCUGAAAAACAAAUUCAUCCGUCUGAAUGUGUAUCGAGUAAUGAAUUAGCUUCAAUUAUCACAUCGAUUGAUGAUCGCAAAUAUUCCUGUUUAUUCAAACCGUAUCGAGUAUUUUCAUCUAAUGUAGAUGGUAAUAGCCUGCGUACAUUUUAUGCUAAGGCAGCAGAGACAGAAAAUCCUGCAACAAUUCUAUUGGUACGUAGUUUGUCAAGGAAUAGUAUUAUUGGAGCUUUUUGUUCAGAUAGAUGGCAACCUCGUGUUGAAUCUGUUUACUAUGGAAAUGGUUUAUGCUUUCUAUUUCGCAUUAAACCUGGUCCAUUUGUUAUAUAUAGGUGGAUCGGAUCAAGUUCUGAUGAUGAAAAGAUUAUACAUUCCAUACAACACCAACGUUUUCAACGAGCUUCAAAUAAUGGUAUAGAAAUUGGUGGCAGUAUAAGUAAGGGACCUCCAGGUUUAAGCUUGGAUAGUUGUCUCACAACGGCUUCAAGUGGUCCAACUCUAACUUUUUCUAAUCCUUGCUUGAUUACUGAUCCAGCUGAUUUAACACAAACAGUUCUGUGUGAAAAUGGACAAAUUGGUUGUAUGUUCACUGUUGGAUUGGUCGAACUAAUUGGUUUUCAUGAUCUCUAAACCGUUUGAAAUUGCAUAAAUUAUUGGAUUUAUCUUCAAAUCAUCUUAUGAUAUUUUUUUAAAAUAAAAUUUUUCUUGAUCUGUUUAUUUAUUACAUCAUUAGCCUGUUUUAUAUAUGCGUGUAUGAGAGAGAUAUUUAUAAUUCUUUUUUUUGUUUUUCCUAUUUGUUUAUUAUCGGUCUUUGUAUAACAUAUAUUUAUGUAGUUGUAGACAAAUACAUUUGGGCAACUAACUACCUAUUUAACUAUGAUCUGUGUUAAAUGAAAACAUUCCUAUGCGAAAAAUACACAACACAAAUGAUAAUGAUUAUGUAUAUUCAUUUCUUUAAUUUUCUAUCACUACUUCUGCUACUACUAUUACUAUUACUACCGCUAAUAUUCUCAUUAAAACCUAAAUGAUGUGCAAUUUAUUGUCUUUUUAUUGUCAAUCCUGUGCAAAACUCAUUUAUUUUAUUAUUUGUUUGUUUUUCUCUAGUCAUAUUCUCUUGCUCAAUCAUACCAAUACUUAUUUACUUGUUAAUAUUUAUUCAAACUAAGAAAAAUAACUGAUUUAUUUACUACUUAAUAGAAAUUUAUUUUAUUUGGAGUUUUGCAAACUUCUGUUUCUCAGUCAUUAAAAAUGAAUAAAUAUAUAUAUGUUUAUUUUU